AUGUAUUGGAACUUGUAGUUAGUUUAUAGGUCAUUAGUAGAAAAAAAUACACUUACCUCCUUACUGCAUCAAUGCCACCAAGGCUUAGCACAGUUAGGCUCCGGUUUAACAAAAACCCAGCAUUGUUACGAUCUUCUGAAAUUGUAUGUCUAUCUUUCUUAAACACUGGAGUAUGAUCUGGAUGCUCACCAUCUUGGGUUUGUGAUCUACAUAAUGUGCAUAUUCUAUCAUUUAAUGACACCUUAUAUACAUACUGCAGGAUGUUCACACGCAACAAUAGACUGGAUUACCAACUGUUCUUUAACACUAGGGGAGCUUUUAGACCUAUGGUCUGGAAUGGACUGGUUGCGGUAGUAUGCUUUUUUGAUGUUUUCGUGAUCCUCUUGAAGAAAAAUAGAUACAUGUCUGGUAUGGGGCUUCUAUUGAUGACAGUAAUACUUUCAAUUGGCCGGUUCCUGUCUGGGCUGAAACUGCACAUAUGCAAACCGCUACGCCGUGCCACAUCACUAUGAAGCCCCUUAGUUGCAAUCUUAUUACUAGCUCCCUCUCUAUCAGACCGCAGUCGUCGAUACAUAUAUGGUCAUGAUGAGGAUCAAACUCACAUAGAUCCAUCGACCAGAUGGGUAGUGUUCACAACACUACUAGUGCCAGUGCUAUUGGUAACAAUAAGUAGGCUACGGUUUACAAGAAUCAUCAAACUAGUGGACAGAACUCUUGGCAGCAAAAAAGUAUUUUGGCGUCAGGUUAUUAUAAACGUGUGCAUGAUUGCUGUGCUAGGGAUGCAAAUGUACAUGCUACGCCUAGAUGUAUCCGUGGACAUUUCUACGAGUAUGAUAAUCCAAGUGUGUGCCUUAGCGGUGUUGUCAUUUGGCAACUUCCAGAUUCCAGCAGCCGUGUUGCGUAUCGUGCUAGCAAUCUUGGGCCUUCAGCAUGUGCCUAAUUAUGGGGAAGACGACGAGAACCUCAAAGCAUCUCUCAGAAUCUUCUAUGGGAUGGUGCUUGGACAAGGAAUCUUCUAUUCUUUGGCUUGCAUGCUCGAGUUCUUUUUGUUCAUCCCUCGGAGAUACCUUAUCCACCAUGGUGGGUUUAGAGGUCAGUGUGGAGUAGAAUCUGUCAAUGUGUACUAUGCAUACGCCUUGGAGAAAUGUAUGCAGGAGGGUGUGCUUGCUCCAAAGAAGAUCAGCCUGACCAACUUUGCCAUGGAUUCUCUAAACUCGUAUUCAUCCAAGAAUCAGCUCCACGGUAUUCGUCUGAUGCACAGCUUUCUGCAAUGGCAGCCAACCAGGGCACAACUCCUGUCAAAACUCACCACUUCCACCAAUACUGGAUACCGAGGCAGAACAAAAGGUCAUGUUGAAGUCAUCACUGAAGGUACUGCAAAGGCUCACAGGCAUUGGCAGGGAAAUCGGCAUAAUACUGCUGUACAAGAUAUCAAAACAUCCCUUUCUAUUGAGAAACCUUGCAGAAAUCCUGAAAGACAACAUAACCAGCCAGGAAUCGAGAAAGUUGGUGGCCGGAAUCCUGAGGAACAUUGCCAUUGAUGGGAACACAAGGCAGGACGUAGGUCGCAUUCAACUGAUCAUCACCAGGCUGAAGCAGACAUUUCUCAAUGAAGAAAAUCCCAUGAUUGCCAAUGCUGAUCACUUGUCACAGAAGGCCGCGGGGCAAGCCCUGGCAAUGUUGACAACGGAAAGUGCCCAAAAUUGCUUGAUUGUGUUGCAGGAACCAGACUUCAUUAAGAAACUGAAACAUAUGAUCUUGAUCCAUGAUGGCAAGUACAUAUAUGUGGCAGCACGUCUGUUACGUAAUCUGUGUCUGCACUCUCGACACGAGCUCAGAGAGUUGGACUUGAAAGAGCUAUCUCAUAUAUUGCGAGAGGUGUUGGAGAAAAUAAUUGAUGUGGAAGGGGUAGAACUAGAGAUCAUCAUUGGCCUUAGUUCACUAAUUUGCAAAACCAUUCCUGAAGACUUUACCCAAGAACUAGAAGGCGGACAGAUUAAGCGAAGAUUUCUGAAAAGGCUCGUCGAUGUGUUGAAUGCAAAUACGGAACCUAGUGCUAAUUGUCCUGGGAUCAGAAGGGUUAUACUUGAGCAAGUCAUUAACAUGAUGGAGUCCAAUUAUCGCUAUGCGGGCUGUUUCAACGAAUUCAGGAUGAGAGAAGCCCUCUCGGUCGUCGAACAAACACUGUCACACGCUGAGAACUACAAGUUCUUCUUGGGUGAUGCAGGUUUCAUGGAGUACAACACACCUAUCUCCGCUCUUGUGGUAAGAGCAAAAGAGCUUAUGUGUUGUAACUGACUAGCUUUAACCGUAGAUAGUAGCAGAACUUCUGAACACAUUUGAUUCCUCAUUUCAUAAGCGAGUUGUAGGAGAUUAUUCAUUUACAAUUGUAGUGAACUGUAUGUUACAGUACAAUAAGGGACACGUGGAUUUAGAUUUCGUAGCAAGAAUGCGGGUGUGAGGAGAAAAAGAACAAUCUUGGCUUUAGAGACACAAGGUGCUGAUAUAGUUCUAGAGAUUUCAUAUUUGUAAUUUGAACCUCAGAUAAAAAAUAGUG